GGCUUCCACAGAUUAGCAACCAAUACAUUUAGAUCCCUGUCGCCUAGCUUUGCCAAGACGGUUAGAGGUCAUUUGGAAAGUCUUUUGCCUCGAAUUGUUCUCAUUCAGAAGGCCAGCUCAUUCCUCCUGUGGGUGGUGCUUUGGAGAUUCGCGCCCUCCUCUGGUCCCGGUUCAGGUGCACAAGAAGAGCUAGGGGAGGACGCAGGUGCUCAAGAGAGGUGGGGCGGUGCAGGCACCUCCGUGGUGAACCCAAAGAUCAAACCUGCAGACCCGGCGCAAAGUAGAAACUGAAAGUACACUGCCGGCUGAUCCUACGGAAGUUAUGGGAAAGGCAAAGCGCAGAGCCGGGCCGUGGUGUGUGCCGCCCCCCUUGGGAUGGAUGAAGCAGCAGGCGCGGCGUGGGUGAGAGGAACCAGCGGCAGAGGCCGCCCUACCCGGCACGGACUCCCGGCAACUCCGCGGAAGACCAGGGUUCUGGCAGCGACUAUGGGCGGUGAGAGCUUGCUCCUGCUGCAGUUGCGGUCAUCAUGACCACGCCCGCCUCCCGCAGACCAUGUUCCAUGUUUCUUUUAGGUAUAUCUUUGGAAUUCCUCCCCUGAUCCUUGUUCUGUUGCCAGUAGCAUCAUCCGAUUGUGAUAUUGAAGGUAAAGACGGCAGAGAGUAUCAGCACGUUCUAAUGAUCAGCAUCAAUGACUUGGACACUAUGAUAAAAAAUCGUACCAAUUGCCCGAAUAAUGAACCUCAAGUUUUAAAAAAACAUGCAUGUGAUGAUAAUAAGGAAGGUAUGUUUUUAUAUCGUGCUGCUCGCAAGUUGAAGCAGUUUGUUAAAAUGAAUAACAGUGAGGAUUUUAAUCUCCACUUAUCAAGAGUUUCACAGGGCACAUUACAAUUGUUGAACUGUACCCCCAAGGAAGACAAUAAAUCUGUAAAGGAACAGAGAAAACAAAAGAGCUUGUGUUCCCUAGGGAUACUACUACAAAAGAUAAAAACUUGUUGGAAUAAAAUUUUGAGGGGCUCCAAAGAACAUUGAAAAAUAUGGAGUGGCAAUAUAAAGACAUAUGAACUUCAGUUGUAUCCUUCAAGAAUCUAUCUUCUCGUACAAUUCUUGGGGCGGGGGGUAGAAUACCCUAGAAGUUAUAGAAUGCAUCCUGGUAAAAGCGGAUUAGAGCAAUUUCUCAAUUGCUACUAGAAGAUGGAUAUAAACAGUGGAAACCAAAGGCUGCAAUCGACAAACCUUCAUAUGUUUUUGGACCUAUAUCAAUCAGUAUUAAUUCUGUGAUUUUUGUAAGACAAUCCAAGUAAGGUAUUAGUUGCAAUAAUACUUUUUAAACCUGUUUUAAAAUUUCAGAAGACAUAUAAAAUCUGUGAAGUAUAUAAGCAGGAAUUAAAAAUUAACAUUGCUUUAUUAUCAAAAUAAUUGUAUGCACCAGCAUACUACGAUGAGAGUGGAAAUUGUCUUCUGUGCUGGAAAUGUUUCAGAGUUAACAGAUGUGGAUAAUGCCAAUGAGAGUAAGAGUUAGAUACCUUAAAGAAACAGUGGUAUGAAGGAGUCCAAGAUCCUUAAGAGAGAUUAAGACACGUAGUUAAACUUGAAUGCAUAAGACAGUGCCUUCAUUAAUGGUAUAGCAAAUGUUUUAAGAUGACCAUAAAGAAUGAUUUCACAAAAUAGCAAGUCACCUGUUCUAAGGAUGCUAAACCAUAAUACUGAGUUACUUUUGUCAUUUAUGUGUAAUAAAAUUUGUCUAAAUGAGUUUGCAAUUUGGGAAGUAUAUUUUUAACAGAAUAAUAUAUGUUGUCCUUUUAAUUAAUGGAAUGUGUAUUUAAUUUUGACACUGUAUCUGUUUAUAUAAAAAUAUUUUCAUACCGUAUUACAAACAAAUUGCUGACUUUGGAUAACAU